AUGCUCAUCUUUUUAGCGCUUUUCUAUUUUUCGCUUGUAUCCACUCGCGCUGCGCCUCUGGAUAUUAUCUCUGGUGGAAAUACUCCCAAUAACUUGGUGCUGCAGACCUACGUAUCUCCUCCUGAUCAGCGCACUGUAUCUGGCAUCUUCUGGAAUUGCGUUGUGACGAUUUCGUUGUGUACUUGGACCUCAGUCUACCCCAACAUUCCAGGGCCAGAUCAAAAGUGGUGGAACGUCACACUUCGAAGGAUUGAGUUGAUGUUAUGGGCAAUACUCGCUCCAGAAUUGAUUUUUUUCUGGGCACUGAGGCAGUUAAACGGUGCGAAGUAUAUUGCAAGCGAAGUCAACCGUUUAUGCAAUGUAAACUGGACGAAAACACAUGGGCAUUUUGUGCAGAUGGGAGGUUUCAUGCUGAUGGGUGAAAAUGGCAUCAGGACUGUGCUCACCGCAGAAAAUUUUCUGGAGUUGCUAGGGGAGAAGAAAAUUGAUCUUCCACCAGUUACCAAAGAAGAAAUUAUGGACCGCAGCAAAGGUGAUGACCUAUCCAGAGUCAUUACAAUUAUCCAGGUUCUUUGGUUUAACUUCCAGUUCUACCUUCGAGCAAGACAAGGCCUAAUCUACACUGAGAUUGAAUGGAUUACUAUGGGCCUUAACAUGUUCAUUUUGUGCUUGUCUCUUUUCUGGUGGAAGAAGCCACUUGAUGUCGGGUGUUCCAUACCAGUUGCUUUGAAAACAAAGGCUUCUACACUUGUUCAGCUGGCAGAUCUUGGUGCAGAGUCAAGUGUGGAUUCAGCAUCUGAUGAGCAGCAUGGAAUGGAAACACUGAAUGCAUCAGAAUCUAGGCCCUCCACUCCCAUAAAUGAUGCAAAAGCUGCUACAGGACCAUCUUGUGAGGGGCAGAGCAUAGGUUAG